CCCACCCCCUACCCAAGGGCCCACUGAUCGCGAGCCUCCCCGAAGCCCGAAUGCGGAAGGUGGUGGGGCAACUGGACCCACAGCGUCUCUGGAACACUUACCUGCGCCCCCUGCUGGUUGUGCGAACGCCGGGCAGCCCGGGCAGUCUCCAAGUCAGAAAGUUCCUGGAGGCCACUUUGCGGACCCUGACGGCAGGCUGGCACGUGGAGCUGGACCCCUUCACAGCCUCAACGCCCCUGGGACCACUGGACUUUGCCAAUGUGGUGGCCACACUGGACCCAGGGGCUGCCCGUCACCUCACCCUUGCCUGCCAUUAUGACUCGAAGCUCUUCCCAUCUGAGUCAGCCCUAUUUGUGGGGGCCACGGAUUCAGCUGUGCCUUGUGCCCUGCUACUGGAGCUGGCCCAGGCCCUGGACCAGGAACUAAGUAGAACCAAGGAUCAGGCAGCCCCAGUGACCCUGCAGCUGCUCUUCUUGGACGGCGAAGAGGCGCUGAAGGAGUGGGGACCCAAGGACUCCCUCUAUGGCUCCCGGCACCUGGCCCAGCUCAUGGAGUCUGCACCCCACAGUCCUGGCCCCACCAGGAUCCAGGCUAUUGAGCUCUUUAUGCUUCUUGAUCUCCUGGGAGCCCCCCAUCCAACCUUCUACAGUCACUUCCCCCGCACAGCCCGCUGGUUCCAUCGGCUGAAGAGCAUCGAGAAGCGCCUGCACCGUUUGAACCUGCUACAGGCUCACCCCCAGGAAGUGAUGUACUUCCAGCCCGGGGAGCCCCCUGGCUCUGUGGAAGACGACCACAUCCCCUUCCUCCGCAGAGGGGUCCCGGUGCUCCACCUCAUCUCCACGCCCUUCCCCUCUGUCUGGCACACCGCUGAAGACUCUGAGGCCAAUCUGCACCCACCUACCGUGCACAACCUGAGCCGCAUCCUCGCCGUGUUCCUGGCUGAAUACUUGGGGCUCUAGCCUGCCGGGUUGACCCUGAAGGAGAAAGACCCAGCAGGGAAUGUGGCAGGGGCACCGGGAGCCAGCGAGCUCAGGCCGGGCCCACCUUGGGUUUGCUGGCUCGUCCUGUUUAAUGCCUUUGGCUCUGCUUGUGCUGUUACUGGAAGACCCUCUCUCCUUUGAGUAUCUCAAGCUGCCACUCUUCAAAGACAUGGAAGAGACCGUUGUGGGGCGAGAGCCAAAGGAAUAAGAGCUUGGGCCCUGCUCUGAGGGAGACAUUGGGCUGAAAAAGUUCGCAAGGGCAACUGCUAUUCUUGGUUUUAGUCAGCAAACUGUGGACUGGCAUAUGGAACAGCAACACCACCCAACCCAGUGAAUUCUCUGUGGCUGUUGUUUUUGUGGCAGUUCAUUCUCCAGAGUGUCAGCCUUGCUACUCCACCGGUCCAAACUUAGCUCCACAUGGAUGUGCCAUGUGGGGCCCACAGAGGAUGUGCUCCUAAGCGGGAGCAGGAGAUGGAAGCCAAUACGUGGGAACACCAGAUUCUGCAGACCCAACAGGCAAUAAUCUAGUGUUUCUGCAAAACAUAUUCUGCAGAACUUUAAAGGUGUUGCAUGAAAGAAGGGAUCAAGGAAGAAGGGUGAGCCAUUAAAUGAGUUCAUUGCACAAUGUGAAUUUUCAACGGUAUUUGCAAGCUCUUGUAUUCUCAUCUAUGACGGAGUCUCAUCAUCUGAAGCCUGUUUUUGCUGGUUCUUGCUCAUGCUGGUGUAUUUCCAUGCGUAUUUGGUUAUUUGACUGUAUACCACUCAUUGUCUGAAAAUUAUGUGUGGGGGACUCUGGGGGACAGUUCCUCACACCAGCGGAUGUGUGUUUGUUUCUGCCAAACAUCUCAGCUAGAAGUACCCUGGGAAACAUCACUGAUGCAAACCUAGCUGCAAACGCGAGCCAGAGCCGGCCUGCAACCGCCAGUUUUCAGGUCCACCUUCUUCUUUCUUUGGUCUGUGCUCCCCUCAGUGUUCAGAACAUCUCUGCAAUCUUCUGGGUCACCCUUACCCAGCCUAUGGUUCAGUGGGAUCUCAGCUAUUAGAUUCCUCACCUCGGGCAGGCUUUGGCCUUGACUUCUGCCUGCCCCAAUAAGGCUACAAACAGGACACCCACGUUUGUCCACAUCAGCAAAUGCCCUCAGAGCAAAAAGUGGCUUCAGGACCCCAUGUACCUUUUCUUCAAAUUUAUGGGCUUAGUGUGUCCUUAACCGCAUUUUAUUGGCUAUUUGAUGCUUUAAAGAUAUUUAACUUACUAUUUUCAGCAGCAGAGUCCCAAUAAUCUGGUUCCCUCCACAGGGAACAGAAGUCCCAUAAAACCAAGCCAAGAUUCAAACCCAGGUCUCUUUUAUUCUAAAAUCUAAGCAUUGACUAACUACUAUGGAUAUAUCCUAGUCUCUCUGGAAAUUUUGAUUCCCUGAUAAGAAUAUCAAAGAAUGUCAGCUACCUCUCAAAAUCCAUUUUCCCUCUUCUUUUAUACUUGAAUUUUUUCAAUGUCUUAAUCCCUUUUUAUUUAGUAAAUAAUCAAAUGGAUAUUUUAAAACUUUCAUUAUAGGGAUCUUUAGUAAGAGUUCUUUUGUUGGGCAUAACACAUCCAGCUAAAAGACUACAUUCCCCAGUCUCCUUUGCAGUCCUUCCAUUUGGUUAAGUUCUGACUAGUGAGAAGCAAAUGACGUUGAAUGAAAUGAUGUUCAUUUGAGGACCUACUGUACAGUGUAGUGCUCUCGGAAGGAAGGGGGUUUCCCUUCCUUCAAAAUGGUGAUGGCGAGAGUUCUAGCAGUCACCUUGGACCAUGUGUUCCUGAUGACUUCAGGGCCACCAUACCUGCCCAACACUGGAUUUCUAAAGAAAUAAAAACUCUCUUGUUUAAGCUAC